UCAGGGGCUGGAGGAAUUUUCAGGGAAGGGGCAAAACGUGGAAACACUUGCAAAGGGAAGACCUUUGCCUCAGACCCCUUGGCUGGAUGUGUUUCAGUUAAGAUGGGCACUUACGUUCAGCGGAGCACUGGAGCAGUGACAAGGCUCUAAUCUGGGACUGGGAUAGUAACUAGCUGUGAGCCCAGGGCUACAGGCAGGCAGGAGAAAUUCACACCUGGAAUAUCUCGAGGAGGCGCCUUAUUUCCUCUGAGCCCUUGCUGAGUGUCGAGAGGGUGCUCAUGUCCCUCCUCGGACCCCAAGAGUCCACAGUCUUCCCUCACACCCCUUUAUUCUCGGACGAGGCCCGUGUGGUGAGCGGGAACCCCUGCUGUCCCCUGGACCGGCGCGGAGCUGGGCCCUAACUUUGCAGUUCCCGCCGCAGCGGCACGCCCCCGCGAGGUGGGAGCGGGAAGCCCAGCCGCACCGAGGCUCAACUCCGCCAGGUGCAGAGUGGGUGCGGGUCAGGGCCAAUGGGAGUGUGUGUGGCCAAGCCUGCUGGUUUCCUGAACCGAAAUUCUCCGGGGAGGGAGAGAAGAGGAGGGUGCGGGAGAUGGACUUGGAGGCGAGAGGUGGCGGCAGUUUCCAGGAGCUUUGACGUAGACUUGGAGAGGCGCCGAGCACUCCCACUGCUUAAGUAGAGGCACGGUAGCCUCCAGGACGCGGAAGCUGGGGACAGCCACUCGCUCGGGAGCAGCCUGAGCGUUUCCUCUCCGCGUACUCGAGGGAACUCUCUCCACGCGUUCGAGGGAACCCGGAAGGGGCCAGGCGGGUGAGUGCGGAGGGAAGCCCUUGUGCCAUCUGGGAGUAGAGCCGCCGACUCAGGAGUUUUAGGGCCAUGGCUGAUCCUGGCAACAGAGGAGGGAUCCACCACCCCUUGAGCUUCACCUGCUCCUUGCUCAUUGUGGGAAUGUGCUGUGUAUCUCCUUUCUUCUGCCAUAGCCAGACAGACCUGCUGGCUCUUAACCAAGCUGAUCCUCAGUGCUGGGAAUCUUCCUCAGUGCUUCUCCUGGAAAUGUGGAAGCCUCGCAUUUCCAACACUGUUUCAGGCUUCUGGGAUUUUAUGAUCUACCUGAAGUCAUCUGAGAACUUGAAGCAUGGAGCACUGUUUUGGGAUCUGGCCCAACUCUUCUGGGACAUCUAUGUGGACUGUGUGCUCUCUAGGAACCAUGGCUUAGGAAGGAGGCAAUUGGUUGGAGAGGAAGAGAAAAUCUCAGCAGCGCAUCCACAGCACACAAGGAGUAAACAAGGUACAUAUUCUCAGCUCCUAAGGACCUCCUUCCUAAAGAAGAAAGAGUUGAUUGAAGAUUUGAUAAGCAUGCAUGUGCGUAGGAGUGGGUCUAGUGUCAUUGGAAAAGUGAACCUGGAAAUAAAGAGAAAAUAAAUUGAACUCAGAGCUAAUUCAUGCCUUGGAAUUAAAUAUACAUAUAUAUAACAUUUUUCUUAACUAUUGAUUAUUCAUUUAUUUUAAAUGGUGGGAAUGCCCAGAGAUAAAUAUGAACCCAAAUUCUCUCAGUAUAUUUAUUUAAAGCUGCUUUCUAUUAUUUAUUUAUUUUAGGCUGCUAGCAUGUUUCUUCAAAUGGUGACAUUACUGCCAGUCUAUCCCACAGUCUAAAGGAGUUAAAUAACUUCCAGAGAUGACUUGAGGAUUCUUUGUAUUCAUUUAAUAGUUCAUUUUGGGAUGCUUGACAUGUUAAUAAACUAGUGUGCCAUACAUUUAACUUGAAUAUACUGCAUGGCUUCCAAGACUUUAACCACUGGAUUGCUUAUGCACAGGCACAUAGGGGACUAUAUUUAUGAAUUACUAGUUACUGACAAUCUAUGAUAUCUGAAUCUUGUUUGACAGCAUAUUUUUGAAUACUGAAUGAAGCAAAAAGUAAAACAAAACAAAAAACUGGCAAAUAAAGCAUUCUUCUAAUGAAAACAAAAUUAAUAAAAGCUCUGGACCCCA